GACCUGGUACCUCUUUUGUGAAGCGGCAGCUGAGGAGACUCCGGCGCUCGCCAUGGCCGACGAAAAACCCAAGGAAGAAGUCAAGACUGAGAACAACGAUCAUAUUAAUUUGAAGGUGGCGGGGCAGGAUGGUUCUGUGGUGCAGUUUAAGAUUAAGAGGCAUACACCACUUAGUAAACUAAUGAAAGCCUAUUGUGAACGACAGGGUUUGUCAAUGAGGCAGAUCAGAUUCCGAUUUGACAGGCAGCCAGUCAAUGAAACAGACACACCUGCACAGUUGGAAAUGGAGGAUGAAGAUACAAUUGAUGUGUUCCAGCAGCAGACAGGAGGUGUCUACUAAAAAGGGAACGUGCUACUUUACUCCAGAAUUCUGUUCCUCCAGACCAAGAAGACAUUCUCAAUUAGAAAACAGCAAUUUGGU